UAGAAAGCACAGUAGCCCAAGAUCAUCAGGUUAACACUGAACAAAAUGGGUUUCAAACUAAUUACCAUUAUCCUAGUUCUUGUGGCCUUUUGCACUAUAACCAGAGCCUACGACAAAGGGAAGUGCGAUGCCCGCCCUAGCGUGGAGGGACCUUGCUUGGCCGCAUCGGUCACCAGGUGGACCUUCAAGGACAAAAAAUGUCAGCCCUUCGAAUUCACUGGAUGUGGGCACACUGCUAACUUUUUUCGUGAUAAGGUUUUUUGCGAAAGAGCUUGCCAAUCGUGAUUUAAGCAGCUUUCUUAAACAAUUCCAUGUGUUUUAUGGGUAAACACCUACAAUUAUUUGAAUUCCAAUAAAUAUGAAAACUAGCUAAAACUGAA